AUGUCAGGUUCCAGCCACCACUUCGGUGCUGACGACCGAGACUUCCGAAGCUCUGGCGUCUGCCCUCUUGUGUCUCGCCCAGAGCUUUCUUGUGCCGCCGUGUUAGGUCUGGUUCGAGCCUCGGGACUUCGGAGUCUCAAGAGCCAUCGGGCGCAAACGCUGCAAGGUGAAGCUGCCUUGUUGCAAACGUUUGGCCACUUCUGUAGCCCCUACAGCACCGGGCUUACCAAGGUCACCCGCCAGCGUCCUGAAUUGGUCAAGGUGUUGUGUCGUGCCAUGUCUGAGGCACACCCCAAUGCAACUUUCUCAGCUGUAAGUGUGCUUGGAAAUGGUCAGCAGAGGUGCCAUCAUGAUCUUGUCAAUGAAAAGGGCACCCUCAACUACUUGCUGCCACUCUCACGCUUCAAGGGUGGUGGGCUAUGGAUCGAAGACGAAGGUGCGGUUGAGGAAGAUGCCGUCUAUCGGCCAGUCCCCACGCCCCGCGGCAGAGAACUGCGCAAAGGUAAGGUUGUGCCCGUUCAGCCUGCCUUGGCCUUUGAUGCCCGUCGUUUUCAUGAGGUGCAAGAGUUUCAGGGUGAGAGGUGGAUGUUAGUUGGGUACACCCCUAGGAGGCUAAGUUCCCUCUCUGCGGAAGACAGAUCCGUCCUGGAGUCCCUUGCAUUCCAGCUGCCUCCAGGUUCGGGGGAGCCUGUUGUGCCCCCCUCGAUUCGAGCCCUCUUCUUUGACCAACGCAUGCCGCCUGAGCUGUGCCUACCAGCUUCUGCAUACGAAUGCAAGCGCGAGGUCGCUGCCCUUGUGCGUUCGAUCGACCACCAGGUUUGCCACCUUGAGUCUGCCCUCGACCGUGCCAAUGAAGAUCCUCCAGAGGUGCAUCCUCUCCUCCCGGGAUCGGUUGAGAAAGAGCUUGCCUACUUCUAUGCUGAGGAUGAGGUUCCCUCCGGUCCCACCGAGGACCCGGGUGCUCCCUUGCAGACCCGUACGGUCACCUUGUUGGAGGUUCUGUCCGAGCUUGAGCUUUGGUUGCCGAGCUGGAAGGAAGAGUACAACAGCCUUGUACUCCAACGCAAGGCAGUGCGGCCCCUUACCCAGCGCGACCUCGACCAAUGGCAACGUGAAGGGUGCAAGUACCAGCUGAUCCCUUCCAAGCUUGUUCACACCCUGAAGGCCCACACUGGCCACAGGAAAGCCCGAUGUGUUUGUUGUGGAAAUAUGGAGUCUCACUCUAUCUACCACAAGCAUGAGUGCUAUGCCGGAGGAGCUGAUGCCACCACUCCCCGUGCUCUCUUGAGAAUUGCGUCAGCCUACGGCUGGGCUGUGUCCUCGUUUGACUUGCGCACUGCCUUCCUGCAAAGCCGCCUCCUCACUGCCAAUCGGGUACCAACUGUGGUUAAGGUUCCAUGGCUGUGGAGAAAGCAUGGAGUUUGCGUAGAGGAGUUCUGGCUAGUAGAAGGGGCAUUGUACGGGCUAUGCAUUAGCUGUGUGGCCUGGUACAUCGAUGAUGCCCUCAUCCUCGCUGUCCCCGAGUACUCUUCUAAGGUCACCCAGUUUGUGUCAGGAUUAUGGUCUACCACUCCACCUGAGUACCUUGUCCCAGGCCAAGUUUUGGUCUACAACGGGUUUGAAAUUGAGCAGGACGGCCCUUACUUGCGCCUGCACCAAAGUUCCUUCGCUGCAGAGCUCCUCUCGCGAUACCCAGGAACAGAAUGCUCUGAUGUGCCAGCGUUGCCCCGCACUACUCCCUUGCAAGAGGAAGCCCGAGAUCCGGCCCUUACUCGCCAAUGCCAGGCUUUGUGUGGAGAGAUGCUGUGGCUGGCCAUCCGGACCAGACCAGAUCUAAGCUUUGCGGUGUCAAUGAUGGCUCAGUGCAUGGCAGCCAGACCUGCCGAGGCUUGGGAACGAGGGCUACAAAUGAGAAAGCACCCUGGUGUAGCAAUCGGUUACGGUCCGCCCUCCAAGAGCUUAGCUAUUGCUUCAGCCAUGAGCGAUGCUUCCUUCGCUCCCGAUGCUUCUCGUUCGCACCAGUGUGCUUUGACCUUCCUGGGAGGCUCUUUGAUCACUUGGUCUAGUGGUCGCCAAAGCUUCAUCACGCAGUCCACCUGCGAGGCAGAGUUGGUCGCUCUGGUGCAGGGUCUGCAGGACUUGGAAAGUCAACUUCCGCUCUUCCGAGAGCUUCUGUUAGGUGCCCCGCUAGAGUGCCUUCUGUUGUGUGACAACAAGGCCGCAGUCAACAUUUGUCAGGACCCUGAUGAUCAAGCCGCAUUGCCUGUUGCGCUGCCGGAUGCCUCGCCUGAGAUCGCUCCGCCUGUGCCGUACGUCUUUCGGUACACCGACGAUCUGGUGCUGAUGAUCUCCCGAUACGAUGGCUCCGCUGUACCGUCUCUGCUGCAAGUGCUAAUUGGAGCAGGGCAAGCCGAGACCGCCUCCGAGCUCUUUUGGCUUCUGGAGUUUGGCAAGUUUGGGAGGAUGCAGUUCCUUUCCGCAAGCUACUACAUCGUUGUAGCACGAACCAUUCGACACGAGGAAAGGGAUUCGCUCGGGACUAAUCCCCUUCCAUUUCUCGGAAACAACUCCAACCACUGGAGGAACUUGCACCCUUUGCCUCCCGCGGUACCUGAAGAUUUCCGUCGUGCUGAGACGAGCCUGGGAACACAAGUCCCGAACGACUUUCGAGGCCGACCAACUUCAGUACAGGAUGCAUCCUUCAACCGAUUCGACAACAACCAAGAUGUCCACAACAAUCCAGUUCCUGAUCCUGAUGUGACUUCACAGUCGUCUGAAUCCUUGGACGAGGAGAGCAGAGCGGCGGAGGCUGGCGAGUUGGCCGAACCGGCCAAGGGGGAGAGCGAAAACUCGAACACGCUGCUGGCGCUGGUUGAUCCAAAGAGUGCUCCUCAGCCGGGUGUUGCGGAGCUGGCGUUCAAUACCAAGGGAUGGGUGCACAGCGACGUCCUGUGCGUUUGGGAGAACCAGCAGAAGCUCAUGCUGGUACCCGACAGACAGAACCAAAUUUGCGUGCCAGCAGGAAAUAAGGAGUUUUCCUUCACGUUCAACGAGAGCCGUAAAACAAUCGGCAGCACGAUCCCUGCCACGAUGCACAUGACAAAGCCUAAAGAAAGGAAGGAGUUCCCUCUCAACACGGGCGAGCAUCUGUUGGAGCCUUUCCUCAUGGUCUACAAUGACCCCGGAUCUUAG